AAAAAGAAAAGGAAAAGAACUCGAAAAGAAAUCUCCUCUCUCUCUCGAUCUCGUCGUCAGUCGCACGGCCGCCUCCCUGCUGCUCGCUCCUCCCCUCGGCCAUCGCCGCCGGCACGGGCACCGCCGCAGGAGCUCCUCUCUACCCCCUCUACUGGGUCGGCCAGCAGUGGAUCGGGGGUCUACACGCAGGGGGUGGUUACUUCAAUUCGUAAGGAGUAGAGAAGGCACGAUAAUUGAAGAUGAGCAGCAUAGGCACAGGAUACGACCUGUCCGUCACCACCUUCUCUCCGGAUGGCCGUGUCUUCCAGGUUGAGUACGCCACAAAGGCUGUCGACAACAGCGGGACUGUUGUUGGGAUCAAGUGCAAAGAUGGAAUUGUCCUGGGUGUGGAGAAGCUAGUAACUUCGAAGAUGAUGCUUGAGGGAUCUAAUAGGAGGAUCCAUUCAGUGCACUUCCACUCUGGCUUGGCCGUUGCUGGUUUAGCUGCAGAUGGCAGGCAAAUUGUUUCAAGAGCAAAAUCGGAGGCUGCCAGCUAUGAAAAGGUCUAUGGUGAACCCAUUUCUGUGAAAGAAUUGGCAGAUCGCGUGGCAAGUUAUGUUCAUCUUUGUACACUCUACUGGUGGCUCAGGCCAUUUGGUUGUGGAGUUAUUCUUGGAGGUUAUGAUAGGGAUGGGCCGCAGCUCUACAUGAUCGAACCCUCAGGAGUCUCAUACAAAUACUUUGGUGCUGCACUGGGUAAAGGAAGACAGGCUGCAAAAACUGAGAUAGAGAAGUUGAAGCUUUCUGAGCUUACCUGUCGGGAAGGCAUUGUGGAGGUUGCAAAAAUCAUUUAUGGAGUACAUGAUGAAGCUAAGGACAAGGCUUUUGAGUUGGAAUUGAGCUGGAUCUGUGACGAAUCAAAUCGUCAGCAUCAGAAGGUUCCUGCUGAUCUUUUGGAGCAUGCCAAGGCUGCAGCUCAGGCAGCUCUUGAGGAGAUGGAUGCUGACUAAGAGAAACCGACUAUAUCUCCAGUCUCGUUCUAUGUUUGGCCACUGGUGAAAUCUUUGAUGUCAUUACUGGCACACAGGAUCUCGUUCUAUGUUUGUCAGAUUUUAUGUCAGUGUAAAACUGGGCAUGCACUUGUGGUACUAAAUUCAUGGAAUGUUUGAUGCUAAACAGUGAAUGGAUAUCAGACUUUGACUGAAUUUGUCCCUGA